AUGGAGACAGAGAUACAGGCACAGAUAGAGACAGAGAUACAGGCACAGAUAGAGACAGAGAUACAGGCACAGAUGGAGACAGAGAUACAGGCACAGAUAGAGACAGAGAUACAGGCACAGAUGGAGACAGAGAUACAGGCACAGAUAGAGACAGAGAUACAGAUAGAGACAGAGAUACAGGCACAGAUGGAGACAGAGAUACAGGCACAGAUAGAGACAGAGAUACAGGCACAGAUAGAGACAGAGAUACAGGCACAGAUGGAGACAGAGAUACAGGCACAGAUAGAGACAGAGAUACAGGCACAGAUGGAGACAGAGAUACAGGCACAGAUAGAGACAGAGAUACAGGCACAGAUAGAGACAGAGAUACAGGCACAGAUGGAGACAGAGAUACAGGCACAGAGAGAGACAGAGAGACAGGCACAGAUUCAGACAAAAGAACAGCAAGAAAGCAGGCAAAUAAGUUCAGCAGUUAUCAUACGACAAGCCCGGGAGGACCGACGACAAGCCCGGGAGGACCGACGACAAGCCCGGGAGAACCGACGACAAGCCCAGGAGGACCGACGACAAGCCCGGGAGGACCGACGACAAGCCCGGGAGGACCGACGACAAGCCCGGGAGAACCGACGACAAGCCCGGGAGGUCCGACGACAAGCCCAGGAGGACCGACGACAAGCCCGGGAGGUCCGACGACAAGCCCAGGAGGACCGACGACAAGCCCGGGAGAACCGACGACAAGCCCGGGAGGACCGACGACAAGCCCGGGAGGACCGACGACAAGCCCGGGAGGACCGACGACAAGCCCGGGAGGACCGACGACAACAA